AUGUCUCCUCUCAGAAGAAAGAAAACUACCUCCACGAAAACUAGCAAAACCACCAAACGUGAUACUUUUGUGGUUACGAGAAGAAAAGAUAAUACUUUUUUUGAUGAUGAAAUUAAACAACUUAAACUUUGGAAGAGUGUUAUCGAGGAGUCAUCUGAAUGUGACGUUUUAGCAAGUAAAGAAAGUUUAGAACAAAAAUUUAAUAAUGAAAAAAUAAAAUAUGAAGAAAAAGUUAGAAGAUUGGAAACAAAGAAUAAACAACUUAAAAGAGACAUCCUCAUUAACAAACGUGAAAUUUCUAAGCUAGAAGUUAAGUUGGCUAAGUUGAAAAGAGGGUAUAAAGCUAUGCAAUUAGAUAAUGAUGAAAAAGAACAAAAAAUUAUUCUUUUGGAAAAGGAGAUUGCGUCAUUGUCAGGAAAUGGGAUUGAAAAAUUACAAAACGAACUUGAAUCCAUUAAUAAUAAAGUUAAUAAUUUAAUGGUAGAAAAAAUUAAUGCAACAUAUGAACACAUUUCUCUGAAAAAAAAAUAUAAAACCUUUCAAGAUUUUCAUGAUCAACAAAUGAAAGCGCAAUUUAGUAUUGAAGAUACAAUAAGAAUACAACUCGAAAAGCUUAAACAAGAGAAUAAGAAAUUAGAAUCUUUACUUAACUCAGGUGGAUCCUAUGGGGUUAUUAAUCCUUCUCAGGUUAUUAACUUGGAUGCUGGAAUCGA